UCCUUUUCAACUUAUGACCAGGUUUAGGAAAAUGUGUGGAAAAAAAAUCAAAGAAUUGUAAUAUGCAAAUUUGUUUUUAGCUGUAAGAUACGCAGAGUGGUUGUAAGUCUCACUUGAAGUAGUCAACAGUGGUCUAUUUUCAUCUACGCGCUCUGGAAUCAUAAUAGCGUGAUGAUUCAUCGUUCGUUUCCCCGCAAAUCAGGGAUUUCUUGAUAGGGAUCGAAAUUUACCAUGCCACUGCCAAAGAAAAUUCCUCGAGGUGGAAAAUCCAAAAGUCAAGAUGAAGGUCGUGUGUUUGCAAACCGUUAUCGCGUGGAGAAACGCCUUGGAAGCGGCAGCUUUGGGACUGUUUAUCUUGUGGAAGACGUGAGAGCUCCUGGGGAAUGGUAAAUGUGUGUUAUGUUAACUAGUUUUGUCAACAACCGCCUGUUUGAAUCAAAAUUAUCUUCGUCUGUAACUUAACUCUUCCACACAUCUGGUGAGAAAUAAAGAGUAGCAUACUUAGUAGUUAUAACAAAAAUAAACAAAAAAACAAACAAAUAGAACCGUCCGAAAAGUAUGCGGUUGGUGGACUUUACCGGACGGAAAACUUUCACCGGCUGCCGCAGUGUUAUCCUUUGUGUGGUAUCAUUUAUGUUUAUGUUUAUGUUUAUGUUUACAUACCUUUAAUAACAAAUGUUAUUCUUUAAUUUUGGUGGUCCGUAUUCUGGAAUGUCGAUACCAUAGUCCCUGUAUUAAUGUGUAAUAUUGAAAAAGGGCAAUAAUAUCAGUUUCUAUAGGAACAAUCAUUGUGUGAGUAGAACGCAAGUGAGCACUUGAUUGAUUACGAACAAGUCAAAAAAGGUGAAAAAGCUGCCGCAACAGAAUGUUUUAGAAGGCGACUUUUCACACACCAAAUCUUUGGGAACAAAGUGCGGUGUAGUUGGAUUAUAUUUAACUUUGACAAUGACUAAUACACUGAUUGAUUUACAACUGGAUUGCUAAGAAGAACUUAUUGAUUCCUGAAGGGGAGAAAAGGCGCUGAUUCAAAAGAAAAGUUUUUUCAUUGCGAAGCCUCAGCAAUUUUGCGUAACAUAUGAGACAAGUCUGUCCGUGUAAGAUCUUUUCUAGCCAAACAUUACCAAAUGAAUCCUCACUUCUUGUUUGAAUGAAAUAAAUGGUUGUUGUAAAAAAAAUUCUCCAGGAUUCAACUCUGUUAUUAAUAUGGACCAAGGUUACACAUAAGAAAUGGGCAAAGAAGAUCUUAUUUGCCAUGACAUGGUAAAAAAAAAAAAAAAAAUGAAUCUAUAUGAGGUAACUUUAAAGUUCACUGAAAAAAUCUUUGAAACAGGGAUCAAAAUUCAUUAUUAAACAAACUUCUUCCACUGCAGGUUUGUAGAAUUUUUUUAUAACUGAAACAUUUUUUCCAUAAAACAUUUAGGAAGGUUUUGAAGGAAAUAUUUGUUGGGGAACUGCAGCCAGAUGAAACAGUAGAUGCCAUGAGAGAAGCAAGAAUGUUAUCUGAUGUAAGUUUAAAUUUUCAGUUCAUAUUAAUUGGGAGAUACAUGUAUGCAAGAGGGCACAAUGUAGAACAAGCAACAUUUACCCUGAACUAAAAACUUAAAUUUCUUAAGUGUAUAUCCAGUAAACAAUGAGCAUAAAAAUACAGUAAGAAAAAUUUGAUUUAAUCCUUUAACCCCUAAGAUCUGAUCGUUAAUUCUCCCCUCUAGCUGCAACACAUUUCCUUGUAAAUUAGUUAUGAGCACUUGGUGCUAGAUCAAGAUAGCAGCCUCUACCCGAUGAGUUUGAAUAUUCUCAUGACCUUUUUGCAGAAUGAUGUAUGGGUAUUAUAGGAAGAAGUUUUGUUUUAUUCACUUUUAGGAGUUAAGGGGUUAACUUGUGAUAUUCCCCGAGAAUAUUGUAGCAAUAGCAAUUUGAGAGAGUGCUCUCAUUUCUCAGUGUCUUUGUUAAAAAAAAGCACCCAGUGACUUGCACUCAGAUUACAGUUUUUUUUUUAGCUAAAGAAUCCUAACAUUGUCAAGUUCUUGGACAGUUUCAUUGAUGGAGAGUUCUUUUGCAUUGUUACUGAAUAUUGUGAGGUGAGUUUAAAAUGUUUAUGUCAAGCAUACCUGUCUUGAUUUUAAGUUUGUUUGUCUGAGAUUACUUAGCAUAUAAUGACAUUUGGAUCAUCUUCUCUAUUCUUGAGUUCUCUCCCAACUUCUCCAUUUAAUUCAUAACUUGAUAUUUGCACAUUGAAAUAUUUGGGGAGUAUAGACAUAAUCUAAAAUUGUGCUUUUUUUUCUCCUACCUAGGGAGGUGAUCUUGAUGAUAAAAUUAAGGCUUGGAAGGAAGCUGGGAAGAAAUUUGACGAGUCAUUAAUUCUGGCUUGGUUUAUUCAACUGGUUCUAGCUGUGAAGUAUAUGCAUGAAAAGUAAGUUUGUUUGAAGUUAAUCCCCUCCCUAUUCAUUCAUGGUGCUUUAUUUUUCUGAUAACACUUUUUGAUUACUGGGCCCAGUUGUAUAAAGGCCACAUAACACUAUCCAAUGGAUAAAUCACUAUCCAGGGGAUAAGUGUUAGCAAAACAUGCUGCACUAUCCACCUGAUAGAGAUUUACCCAGUGGAUAGUGUUAUCCAUGCUUUGAACAACCCAGGCCUGUAUGAUAAGUAAUCUAACUGACAUUUUCUUUAAUACAGGCGGAUUCUACACAGAGACUUGAAGACACGGUACAGCAUAACACCUUUAUAUUUUAAAUACACUUUAAUUAUUAUAUAAAGCAUAUUAUGUAUUUCAUCUUUUUAUUUUAUCCAUGCCAUCUCUGAUACCCAAACCUCCCAUUAUAUUACAUCACAUUGAGCAGUCCAUCAUAUAUUAAAUCCUUAUUUAUACUUACCACAUUCUAAUGUCUCACUGCAAGUAAACUACCGAAAAGUGACAGAUUAUACAAAUACCUGCUUCUCAUAAUACUGAGAUCCUUUUUAAUUUUUCAGGAAUAUUUUCCUUAAGAAUAACUUCAUAAAAUUAGGUAGGUAUAACUAGAAUUUGGGUCAAGAAAAAAAUUUUUUUUAUUAAUGGCACAGGAGGCAAAGUGCAAAAACCCAGACAGUGGCAAAGUACAUAGGGGAUGUUGGCUUAUUUCUCCUGUCUUUGAUGCUCAUGCUGUAUUUUUGCAGCCUGCUUUUAGACUAUUCUAACUGUCAUUCAUUUACUUGUCAAGAUAUGUUGUAUUUUAUAAUGACUAUCAGAUCAAAAUGAUUUGCAUUGGUUUUUAAAUAAAGAAAAAUUCAAACUUUAAACUACAGUAUGGUAGAAAAAGAUAUUUCAUCUUGUUACAAGCAUGGGACAAAGAAAAAAAUUCUAUUUUUUUACUGUUUCAACAGGUGACUUUGGUAUUUCAAGAAUUUUAAUGGGUACAUCUGAUAUGGCUACAACAUUCACUGGGACACCAUACUACAUGAGUCCAGAGGUGCUUAAACAUGAAGGCUACAAAUACAAAUCAGACAUAUGGUAUGACUUUGUGUUCAUUUGAACUUGUGUCCAUUUAUUAAGGUGAACUUACGACCCCCUUCUCCCCCCUCCACCCCAUCAAACCGUCCAUUUAUUCUUAAUGAGCUGCAGUUAGAAUUAUGCAUGGGACCCAAGUGGGCAUGUUUUGGGGUGGUCAGAUACUGGGACUUCACUGAUUAAAUAAAAAUCAGGACAGUUGAGAGUUAAAAAAUGUAUUGUUGAUGUUUUUCACAAAGAUGACACCUAAAUGAUAGGAGACCUCUUGUAUAGUUGGAAUCUACUGAAUGGUUUUUUAAUGUCAUGAGCCCUUCUGCUCAUUGGCUUAUCCACAUGUAAUGUAACCCAACAAGGUACUUUUGUAUUCUUUCACAAGUUUCCUGACUCAUAAACAUUCAACCUCUUUAAUAAUCACAUAAUAAAAUUGCAUAAACAGAGCAAUCUGAAUGACAACAUGUAGGAAACAGGGCAAUGAUUUUUUUUAUUGCCUAUUGAAUAUCUAUUUUAAAUGGAAAGCCUUGAUUAACAUUUUAAACUAGUCCUUUGGUUUCUUCUAUUAUGUAAUUAAAUUGUUUGAACCUAUUUAAAUCUGCUCAGGACCCCCUUCUUGACACAAGCGUCUGAAAUUCUAUACAAAAUUCAGUGAGUCCAGAGCUUAUUAAAGAUGGAAUAUCUCAUUUCCAGGUCUAUGGGUGUAGUGUUGUACGAGCUGUGUAACCUACAGCAUGCAUUCCAGGGUGAGGUUGGUAUUUCAGAGUUGAAAAGCUCCUUCAAGCUUUCCUUUAAUGUGACAUAACUUGAGACAGGCUUACUGCUAUGACAAAAUAUUGAUCUCUUGGACAGUAUUACAUGGUACACACCACAGACUUUAGGUACAUUCUCCACUGAAGUACCUUUUUCUUUGUGUAGAGUAGCCUGACAGGCUUUUGACAUCUGAUGGAAGGUUGGAAAGAAGUGGUGCGAGCCAAUUGCUGAAUGUCCGUUCAUUGUAGAUAACUCUAAUUGGCUCAUAGAUUUGUAUAUAGGUUUAAUGUCUAACAUGUUGGUUGCAAGACUGCAGAAUAAUUUUUCUGAGCCAAAUUUACUGUGUGUGCAAUCUAACUGUUUUAUUUCUAGAGUCUGAUGGGGGUGAUGUACAAAAUUGUUGAAGGGAACCCACCCAAAUUAUCUGAACAUUACAGCAAGGAGUUACAAACUCUCUAUGAGAGGUAAGACUAUGGAGCCACAAGGAUAAUAUCUUUUUUUCUUACUUUACCUGAUAUCUGCUGUGUCUCUACAAAAACCCUAUUUGCUGGCAUUGUCAUAAGGAAAUGAACUGAACCAUACUCUGUUUAUUUAACACUUUCAUUGCAUUUUGUUACUGUGAUAGCUGCACAAGAACAUUCUUCUAUCCACAGUCAAGCAAUCCAACAACAGAAGAUACUCAUGUGUCACUGGUCAAAUUGUGUCUAGUCAACUGAUAAAGAUCAACAGUUCCAAUCCUGAUUUCAAAACUUUUGUGAUACCUAAUCUAGAAAUCAUGUCAUGAAUUUCUUUUCUUGUGAUAGGAUGUUAGAUAAGGAGCCUGCUAAUCGACCUAGUGCAAGUGAAGUUCUCAAAAAUGAGUACAUUGCUCAGCAUUUAUCGGUAAGGGUAUUACAGUGUGCGUUAUAUGUAAGGAGUAUAGACUGUUUUGGUGACUUUGAUUUAACCCCAAAUGAGCAGGUGUAGAAUGAAGGAGAAAAUUAUGUGGAUGAGGCAUUAGUAUUGAUUUCAAAUUAAUUCUACAACAAAGGUCCCUUUACUUACAAAGCACAAAACUGAUCCCCUUUUGGUUUUCAAACUGAGUGUGUAGUACAUGAAUUUCACUUCACAAUGACAUGGGACAAGAACAUCAAUGGUAGCAGUGGCAAGAGUUUAAAAUUUGUUUUUCAUCCAAUUGUCUACUUGAAUGAAUCAAAGUAGGCUCUCCAAGCAAAGAUAAUACAAACUACAGUCUUGUUGAUUUCUUCGUAGAAAUUAAAGCAUCAAAUAGACGAUAAACUUGGACACUCCAUACAGUAAGUACUGCAUCACAUGUACAAGUAUGCUGCCUUUUCCUCCAUUACCUAGUGCAGUUUUUUUUUGUCUUUAUGGAACCAAAACUGGCAGCAUGUCAAAUUGUGGUAUCAUUUACAGAAAGGCAUGCAACACUGAGUAACCUGCAUAUUUUGAAAAUUUGAAAAUGUGAUUAUUUCAAAUUUUUGUACCUUAAAAAUAACUUCUGGCUCUGUUUGUUUCCCAACAAAUUCUAUAUACCGGUAUUUUCUUUCUGUUGUAGUUUAGUCAGUGUGUUGAGUUUUGUUCAUUCAAAACUUCCUGGCGGAGUAUUCCCCAGCACCCCCCCCUCCUCACCCCCCCUCCUGAAGAAGACAACUUAUCUCUUAGUUUUGGAUGACCAAUCAACUUCAAGAAUUCUUGUAACAGGCAAAUUAGUAUGUACCCAGGGUACAUUUUUAACUUUACUACAACACAAGUUGCACAACACUCAUUAAGGGUUGCUUGGACUUUCUUGCAAUUCAACAAGAGUGACUGAACAGCAAGGUGGAUGUCUGUAUAAAGAACCUGCAGGAAGACCGAUGACACCAAUGUAAGUCAGUUUCUCAAUGAAGAGUGAUGAAAAAAAUAUGUAGUUUUAUUGACACGUGACUUGCACGUAUUUGUAAUGUCAUAUCUGCUGGCACUAUGGGUUAACUAGAUGAAUUUCUGUAAGUCUUCAGUUCUUGGAUAUAAGGAUUGGAAGAACAUGAUAUGAAACUUAAACUGUUUUAAACAUACAUUUACAUCCGUUUGACCAGAAAUGCUUGCUUGUGGUGGCAUCACAGGACACCCAAGCUCUCUAUGAGGGGAAAGUGUUAUAAAGCCUUGUAUGGGAGCUUAGGCUCAGCUCCAUAACUUCCUAAAUAAUGAAGGAAAUAAACUCUAACCUUCAGAUAGAGUUGUUUGUUCUCUGGUAGCAGCUUCUGCCAUAUCGUCGAGUUUUAGCUGCGCUCUCAUCCCACUUCUGCCUUCUUCUUAGUACAGGCGGUUGUAGGAUGAGAUCUUUAUGAGAUCAUCUUCUCAUAAAGAGCUUGGGCUCACUGCGGUGGCAUCAUCUCUAUUUAUUUUGGAGGUUUCAUUCGUUUACCGUUUUAUCUCUUUUUGUUUUAUUGACAGGGACAAAAUGAAACUUAGGAAACAACAAAAGGCAGAUGAGGAGGCUGAGAGAGUUAAGUAUGUGUUAUUAUAGUAUUAAACACUUCUGCAUGUUUGUCCACUUAGUUGGUCUCCACGUAGCAUCCAUUCCUCGACAUGCGCACGCUUGAAGGCUGAUGUCUCUAUCCAAGACUUACCAGCUAUAAACAACAUAUUUAUCCUCUUAAGUUUAAAGACAAUGUAAGAUUGAGAAUUUAAAUUAAGUUGGAUUUUUAUUUUGUAUUUGGACCGAGUUACAAACCUGUCAGUAGAAGUGAUCCUGGUCAAAUUGUUUCGUGUUGUAUUUCAGCUUAAUUGAUUUGCUUUAUGGUCACUCGAAGAAAAGGCCCGCAUAGAAUUGUCAAAGAGAGAUGGACAUUGGAAAUUCAAACCUUUUGUCGAAAAACAAAGUGAAAACUUUUUACUUGUUUUAAUCUCUGAUCAAAGUUGUUGUUGAACUGUAUUUGAAGGAGAUUUACCGCCGCCCAGGUCGCUGAAACUCAACAACGAUACUCAUCUCAUAAGAAAAAUCAGGUAACUUUGACCAAUAUUCGUUUGUCGAUUCACUUGUUAUGGCUCCGACUUACCUCGGUGAGGUUUACAUAACCAUCAGUACAAACCAUCUUUUUGUUCUCUUGACAGCCAAAUUCCAUGACUGUGUAAAAAUCAUUAGAAUGAACAGCCUCCCUAAACGCAACUAGGGUAUGGUUGUACACCUCUCCUAGAAGAGCUGUGUCACUGAAAAAUCGCAAAAUUCAUCACUUGAAAUUUCUUAAGGCGAAAUAUAGUCAAUCUAAAAUAAAUUUUAGAAUAAAGUGUUGGCUUUUAAGAGGGAAUAAAUACAUAGUCUUUUGGAUGUUCAUGUCGUUGCUUUUAUCAAUCACUAGGAAUGUAACAUAAUCUUAGUUACUGUACUUACACUUAACUAUCAGAGCCGAGUGUCUCUACCCUGGGUCGCGGAGCAUCCGGACGUAUUUAAUGACGCAGCCUUUACCAUAACAGCCACUGACUCACUGGAGUUUAGCCCCCGCACCUCACCCCAGACAGGAGUGCCGGUUAUGUCACGGGAAAAUAGAGACGAAAAGCAUUGUGUGGAAGGUAAGAACAGUUAUACAAAUGAGGCGUAAUGAUAGGCAAAUACAGAAGAACCUAAACGUAUACUAGAGUGGCUUACGGGGUAGGCAUCUUAUUAGGGUGAGUUAACGGGGAGAAGCUCGCAGAGUAUUCUUUUUGACCGUCGCCCACCCCCUUGGUACGAAUUUUUUUCUCUCCCCAGCCUUUCGCUACUGUAAAAAUUAAAGAUGGCAGCUAUAUAAUUUUCACCGAGAUAAUAACGAGUACUCGCCCACCAAAAUUACGCCUGCUCUGCAGGCUAAUACAAGAAGGAUAUGAUGACUGCUGGAAUUUUUUUUUUCGGCCUUUAUAUAACAUCGGAAUCGGUGCUGAUGUUGUAACUUUGUUUUAUAACACAGCAGAAGCAUCUUUGAGUUUGACUGACGUGUCGGAAAUUCCCGAUGAUGCCGAGCUAGCUGAGACGUUCUAUUCGCAGUUUGAGGAUGACUUUGAAAACGAUGAUAGCGAAGAUGAAUUUGAGAAUGAAGAUGAUUUGAGUGCGCUGAUUGGUCAGAUGAAUGAUGCGUUAGAGCAGACUGAGUCACACGACCAAAAACUAAGUGAAGGGGACUUGCCAAGUGAAGGUUUCACAGAUACUUGGAGAUACAAGAGAAUCCAGGCACUUAAGGUGUAUCCUUUUUAACUGCUCCUUUAUGGUAACCACCUCCCUUACUCACCCUAAAUAAUAGCAUUGAUAACGUUCCAGGUGGGAAAAAAAAACGACUUUUCGUACAUUUUUUGAAAAACCUUUCUCAUUGUGAUUCAUUUAUUGUGUGGAAUUGGAAGUAAGAGAAAUUCCCUUUUUCGAACGAGUGGUGGGUCAUAGUAAAAUCCUCCAACGCUUUCCUCUCCUCUUGCAAUUUUUAUUCUACCAGUAAUGAGAGACAUGUGAGCGUAAAACGGUGUCGUUAAUGUGUGGACGAAGACAAACCCAUUACAAUGCUAAGUCUGAGAAUUUCCGACGUUGAGUCUUUGUGAAAGAGCAAACCGGUUCUCUUGCAGGUUGUUGGUCUUUAGAGACAACAUUGUUCAGUUUACCACCGCCAUUCCUUUUUGCUUACGUUCUUACUUUGGUAAAAUAUUAAAUGACACGAAAAUUGGCUUUAACUUGAACUUAGUGAAGGUGAGAGGCUGCUUGGACCCGAGGCAUUCCGUCGAGUGUACUCUUUUCUUAAACAAGUCCGCUUUGAAAACGAACUCAGAAGUGAAGACUCCAUACAAGACGGGCUGGCCAAGAUUGUCGAUAAACCCAGAGACUGCUUCAUAGUCGAUCAAUUGCUUUUUAUGGAAAAACAGGCAGAAAUUGCUUCAGUCAAUGACACAGAGUGAAUUGGUUCAGUUUGAAGUAUAGUCUAGUAGCUUUGUAAAUAUUAGUGUGAAAUACAACUCGCUUUUUUUCUGUCUUGCUGUUAAACGUUCCUCUACAUCAGUUCUUUGGAAAGUAAAAUUCGAAUCACGUAUUUCCAAAGUUAUUCAAGAGGCAUUUACGUGGUCUUGAGUAACAUUUUUUUUCGCAGUCAUUAUUCAUAGUUAUUAAUUUUAAUGUAUUGAAUUGAAUUUUUACAACGGAGAAAAAGACGUGAGAGGAUGAAAACAUGCUACAGAUUAGCUAACAUUACCUGCUUUUCUUCCAGCGAUGUUUGGUGUUAAACUGAAAAAGUUAUUUUUCUGGCUUGUUCAAACUCACAUUCCAAAGUCAUGCGCGAGUUUUCCAGAAAAAGUCGCAUAAAUGUUUUAAUUAGUGUCAUCUGCCAAGCAAGUGAUAACCCGUCUUCCUCGUAUUUAAAGUUAUUUUAUUAUCAUUGGGGAUCGACAUCGUGAAAGCAAGUUAGUAUAUUUUCAAUAUUUUUACGGAGCUGGACGAGAGGUAGAUUUUGACUAGCAGUAGAAGCCAUCUCUAAUUAUAUUGUACUGAGAGUUAUUCGGUAAACUUCUUCAUUUUACAAAUAGUGUUUCGAGUGCCAGAAACUUUUGUUUCCCCAUCACAGGAGUCUCUUCUCUUCCCGGUUCAUGGGGAUUGGCGGAGAGCCAGUAGUUACAGUGGUAUUCGUUAUGGUUUGAUUGCUCUCUUACGGAAGUGUAUAACAUUUCAAGGGGUAUACCUUGAUUUACAUUGAAAUUCAGGUUUAAAUUAUGAGCAUAACGAACCUGUACCCACACUCUUAAAACCAAACUUAAAUGUUUGUUUGACCCUACCGAAGGUCUGAUAACGCGAUCCACAGAAUAAAUAUCUAUUCGCUGGAUAAAGCUAUACGUUUUGCCAUCACUUAUCCGCUGGAUACCGAUUUAUCUAUUGGAUAGCAUUAUCCGCCCUUUAUACAACUGGGCCCUGGACUUUUCUCCCGACGCCCGAGUGAAGGUGCCAGUUGACGAGUACGAAGAGGCUGAAAAAGUAACGGAUGAAUAUGACGAAAAUUUGUUUCCCUAUUUUGACUUACAGCUAAGAUGAGUCAUUGUGAUUUUACAUGGUAACUACCCAGUAUAAUUUGGUACUAUCGCUCUACUCCAGUAGCUUUCAGUAUGGUUUUCUAUAGGAUCGCGUGAACGGAGCCAGACAGAUGUUAACAUAAGAAGUCAAAAGUUAACUCUCGCGUUACCUUUUGCCCUGGCCACUAAACUACCAUAUUUAGUCUCUUCUACUGUCUAUAUUUGUUUUAGAAACAAAGUUGUCUAAAAAAUUAACAGCGAAACGUUUGUAUCAUGAUAUAGAGAUAUUAACUUCGGACCCUAACGUGUCCACUGCUCUGUUGCUACUCUAUAGCGACGAAAAGACUUUCCCUUUUGGCGAAAAAGUCUAGCGACGAAAAUUUCGACAUGGCUUUACCUCCAUGUCGCCGAGUGUACACUUCAAACGAAUUGGUCUUCACAUUAAUUCUAAACUUUAACAAAAUCCCUGAAAGGCAGAGAAGUGAAAAGACUGGCAGAUCUGGUAGAAGAUGAGCGAUGGCACAUUCAGUUAACGUCGAAAGAACGAUGACUACAAAACCUCACGUUAAUGCAUAACGAGUAACUUUAUUAAUUCAAUAUCAACUCUCCC